CCUGGCGGCCAGAGCGGCGGCGGCGGCGUCUGCAGCCGAAACGCGGGGAUGGCGGUUGCCGGGAGCGAAGCCCGGUUCGCCGGGUUGUCGCUGGUGCAGCUCAACGAGCUGCUGGAGGACGAGGGGCAGCUGACAGAGAUGGUGCAGAAGAUGGAGGAGACGCAGAAUGUUCAGCUUAACAAAGAAAUGACGCUGGCCAGCAACCGGAGCCUGGCAGAAGGAAACCUUCUCUACCAGCCCCAGCUGGACUCUCUGAAAGCACGUUUGACCCAAAAAUACCAGGAACUCCAGGUGCUCUUUGAAGCCUAUCAGAUAAAAAAGACCAAAUUAGAUAAACAGUCCAGCAACGCUUCCUUGGAGACCCUGUUAGCACUUCUGCAGGCGGAAGGGGCCAAGAUCGAGGAGGACACGGAGAACAUGGCAGAGAAGUUUCUCGACGGAGAGCUUCCCCUGGACUCCUUCAUCGAUGUCUAUCAGGGCAAGCGGAAACUGGCCCACAUGCGAAGGGUUAAAAUCGAGAAGCUCCAGGAGAUGGUGCUGAAGGGGCAGAGACUUCCGCAGGCCCCGCUGCCCCCCAGGGUGCCCGAGCCGGCGCCCGCUGUACCCCUGCCCUACCCCUCCCCGGAGGCCAGCGGGCCCCCCUCUGCGGUGCCUCGGCGCAUCCCUCCCCCACCGCCCCCGGUGCCUGCGGGACGCUUAGCCACGCCGUUCGCCGCCGCCCUGGGCUCAGGACAGGGCCCCCCGCACCCAGUGGCGCAGUGCCCACCGCUGCCCCCGCGCGGGGGCCUCCCUGCACAGCAGGGCUUCUCCCUGCAGCAGUUUGUGUUGCCACCGUACCCGCCGGCACUGCCCCAGAGACCCCCGCCCCGGCUGCCUCCGCACCAGCCAGGCUUCAUCCUCCAGUGAGCGGCCCUCGUCCUCCCCGUGAGACUCCCUCGCUGGCGCCUGCUGGCCGGGUCCGCGCACGCAGAUGGAGGCCGUGAGCACCGGCUGCUCUGCCAGGGGCUCUGGUGCUCGGGCCAGGGCGUCCCUCUGGUUGUAGAGCCGUAGGUCAGUGGUAAGCACACGUAGAACCCUGGUUGUGGACACCUAGGCGGUUGUGCGCUGGGCCUCAGCCGGGCAUCCCGUGGUCGCGCUGGUUUGUGUUCUCGGUAUGAUUCCUCAGUCUGGUGUUGAAUUCGUGAGUUUGGGGAAAAGUGCCCCCCACCCCGCCUCCGUUCCCACAUAGGAUCGUGGUCCUCCCGUUGUAGCUUUAUUUAAUAAGCAUGGUUCAUCAUUUCUGCUUUAUUUUCAAGACAGUUCUGUGUGUCCCAGCCCACCGCAGCCCCAGGUGGGGGUCGGUCGGGUGGGCCAGCCCGGAAGGUGCUUACUGAACCCGUGUGGGGCGGGCAGUCCUCACAGUCCCUCCCUCCCCCAAACCUGGAUGCUUCAAAGCCACCCUCGGAGUUUGCACUCGGCCCACUGCCACGUCCAGAGGCCAGGCGAGCUGCGGCCAGGUGAGGAGGUGGCCGGGAGCUGGACUUUGCACAGCAAAUGACGGCCCCAGCUCCUCCUCCUCCGCCUCCGCCUCGAGCCAGCCCGAGGCUCUCCAUGAGGAAAUACUCCUCCAAUAUUUUUACUGUGUGUGUGAUUUUCCUGUUUUAUAUUGGGAAAGAAAACUUUUUUGACACUCAUAAGACCAUUCAGGGAAACUUUAUGAAAAAUGCACAUACUGUUCUGAGCAGGUUGAGAAGGCAGAUGAAGUGAACGCAGUUUCCUCUCUUGCAAGCAGUGCACGGUCGCCCCGGCGGGGGCCCGUGCUGUGCCUUAGCUUACCUGGUGCCAGGAGUGGCCGGCCAGGCGCUGGGGCGGUGCCACCAGCCGCUGCUGCCCUGGCGGCUCUGCGUUCCAGGAGGGGCUUGUCUGUGUUCCUUGUCGUGUUGCAGGUGGAAGAAAAGCCCACCCAGCUUGAACCAGAAUACCCUUAGCCAAUAUUCUCUGCCUCUGGCUGGGCCUUGGGGCAGGGGUGUGACGGGGAUGCCAGCAGCAUCUCAGCUCAGUCUGGAGAAAGCCUGCCCCUCAGUGUUAGGGAGGUACCAACAAGCUCCGAUGCUCUGGCAACACGCCGGGCUCUGCCUGCCCCCUGGGUUCUCAUCCGCACGUGCCAUGUGUGCUGGAUUCCCAGGGCCCCAGGCGGGGCUGGGGGUAGUGUUGCCGCCCACCUGUUGACCAGAAAAGGCCGGUGUGCUCAGUUGUGGAACUCCUGACUCCGGCCUGUGACUCCCCAGCUGGCUGCUGCCCAGGUGACAGAAUCCAGGCAGAGCUCAAACGGGGUCUGUCCCGGCAGGCCCUGGGCGAGGCCACCAACCUUUGUCCUCAGUUACUGUACGUUUCUACUCCUGGACUUGAACUCCUGCUGUCUUGUAAUUGUUUUUAAAGAGAACAGCUGUAUAGGACGAAUUACUGCCCUGCCAAUCAGGUGGGCCUGUUAAUGUCUGUGUAUCUCGAGAGUGGUGCCACCCAGCCCGUACCUCUGCCGCCUGCAAGGGGCACAGCCAAAUGUGUGAGCUCGGUGUUGAUGUGGGGGAGGGGCCGCCAGGCUGGCCUUGCCGUCUCCAGGGCCACAUCUGAACUGUGCUUGUAAAGCUGUUAAGACCCCUUUUAAUAAAUAGAGAAUUGUUAAUAA